UGCAUGCAGUUUGUUUAUUGAUGAUUACUUCAAAGUUCUCAACUAGAUCGACGUGGUGGAAAAUGUAACUCAACAGUUUGUGUUUUGUUGUCAGAGACUAGGCUAGGACUUGCUUUCCCAGUAUUGAGCUGUUCGCAGCCAUAAUCCCAGUCGAGACGAAAGACGAGUUCUAUUCACAUCUCUGCCACAAUGUUGUGGAUCGAGUGAGUUGCUGAGGUGUCAUGAGUAGCCAUAGAAAAAAGCGAUCGUCCGCAGGACAAGUAUCUGGACCUUUGAUUGCUGGAAAAAUCAUCGGCGAUGCCCUUCGAAAAAAAGCUGACGGUGACUCUUCCGAGUACGAUGUGAUAGUGAGCAAACUAUGCGCUCAAGAAGUCGAUAGCGUGCAGCUGCAGCGCUGGCUAAACGGUCUCCGCUGUUGCAUCUCCAAGGUUGGACAGAACUGUGACAAGCUGGUCGGCGCAACUCUGCAAUUGUCUUGGGCCUAUCGGGAGAAAGAUGCCGUCAUUGCCUAUUCCGAAUACCUACACGACUUGGUUGCUGCCCAUGCCCAGUAUCUCAGCCCAUGUGUCUUCAUGCUUGUCAAACUCUUCAUCUACUAUGAAGACCGGUCGGAAGAGCAAAAUCAACUUGCAUUUGAGCGCUCUAUGAGUUGCUUGAGUCACUUGCUUGAUCUAGUACCUGUUGGUCUACACUGUGUUAAGCAGCACCUGGUCACUGUGUGCCCGUAUAAAGGACGCUCGCCGGUGAUACAGGAGCACUUUGUACGGAAUUGCCUGCGGCUGAUCGACUUCUUCCCUGUAUUGAUGGGUGACAUUGUGGAGAUCUUGGUUGACCAUCUGAUGAAAGUGGAUCUUGAUGUAUCAAAGGAGGACCUUGAAGAGGAAUUAAAACAGCCAGACGAAAGUGCCACGACAGUGUUUCAGCUGGAAAUGGACACAGCAGACGAUGCCUCUUCUGCUGCUGCUACUGCUUCUGCAGAGAAUGCAGCGUGUGCUCCCAUGGCAAAUGUUCCAGCGCAAAAACUGGACAUAUGCAUGAUGCACAUGGUGAACUUCAUCCGAAAGCACAGUCACCAUGCCAGUGGAGAGUUCCACUUGGAUGGGGCAACAGCUGUCUUUCAAGCGUUGUGCAAGGUUUUCCAGAAAGUUUUGCUGAUGACCCAUGGCACAUCACAUGUUCAGUUUCUGAUCUUCUAUAUUUGUUCGGCACACCAGAGUUUUACCGAGGGCUUCCUGCAUCUACUCUGGAGCAAGGUGGAAGAUGUCAAUGGCGGUGCUGUAACGAGACAGGCAGCGGCGGCGUACAUGAGUAGCUUUGUGGCAAGAGCAAAGUACAUCCCGCUGAGUACGGUCACGCUUUGCCUCGACCUGAUGUCAGAAUGGGUUCUCAAGUAUAUUCAUUUGUGUGACAGCUCAGCACGGUCAAUACCAGACGUCAACGCUCACUCCGUGUUCUUCAGUGUAGUGCAGGCAAUUCUAUAUAUUUUUAUUUAUCGACAUAAAGCCCUGCUGGGUAUGGACGAUGGUUGGUCGUUUCUGCAGAGCAUGCAGUUUGAACGGAUCGUCACAUGCCGUCUGAAUCCUCUCAAGGUUUGCUUGAGUAAUAUUGUGGAGGUGUUUGCUGCUAUAACAAGCAAACACGAGAUUGUGUUCUGUCACACGAUCGUGGCUCGAAACCGUCGUAUCGUCAUGCCACCUGCAUGCGUCGAUGCCAAUAAUGACAAAGCCAUCCAUCUUGGGUCGUUCUUCCCAUUUGACCCCUACCUUUUGAAACAGUCUGGCUCGUUCUUCGAGGACCUGUAUACGCAGUGGAAGGACAUUUGUCCCGAGCAGCCAUCGUCAUCGUCCUCAGCGGCUGGAUCAGCGGCGUAUGAAUCUCGGCAGGACUCCAGGGGUGCAGAGAGCGUACCAAUUCCGUUUUCAGAUGCGGCGGAAGAGAGCCCUUCAUUCGACAGCCAAAUGAUCGCCCUGAACCUGACGCCGCUCUCGCCUAUGUGUAUUUCGCCCGGCUUUGAUAAAUUCAGCUUCUCUUGAGCGUAUCUCUACCAAUGUCUAGUUUAUAGAGCCAUAUUACUUUCUUCCCUGUCUCGCUGCUUUUUUUUAACCUCGCGUAACAAGAAAUAAUGCUAGCAGCCAUCAAAAAUGCCAUGAAAGUUGUGUUGAAAACUUUACCAGUCUCCUUUCCCCUUUCUAUAUAUUUUUUUAUCCUUCCUCAUGUAAAGCAGAUGGGAAUCAGACACACACGCGAUGAAGAAGACUUACAUCCCGGUCUUCACCAUUCGAUUAUAGUUUCAGUUUAUAACGAAGACCUCAAUAAGAGCAGACUCUCAACCGUUGCAUAGCGUUAACUCCAUCAUAAGUACCAUAGGGCACCGGGAUACUGCAAGAAUUAGGAAGCAUAAAACAUACUAGCCGUCUAGAGCGGGUUGUGUAAUACCCCUUGUCUUGUUCUCUUUCAUACAGAGUGCACACUAUGUGUGCUAAACA